GAUAUCCGCCACUAACCCCGCUUGGGCACUUAUCUUUUAUUUCGCACUGGAAAGACAAUAAAUUUUCUCCGUUUCAUUAGGCGGUAGCGCCUCCAGAGUGGAUACUUAUCGAUGGUGUCGGUGCACUUCCAGUUUCUCGCCCAUAUCGGAACGGCUCAGUUUUCGCUCGGAAACCGUCGUGAACGCGUCGUCAUCCGCACUGGAUAUCCAUGGUUUUUAUUUGCUAAUUACAUAUCUAAUUGAUCGGGUUUGAAAAGUGUUGAAGGAUGCCUACCGAAGGCGAUCCAAAAACUGCUGUACCGGCAGUCAGUGCACCACCGGCCGUUCCAACAGUUGUCGUAGAACCUGCGGACGAUCCAACUCCUGUACGGGUCAGCCUCUACCCGGUGCUGGACCUCGAGAAUGAGAAGCCGACGCACGUUCCAGCUGUUAUACCGCCGUCUACACCACGAUCAGAGCUGGACGUGCCCAGCCUCGAUGACACCUUCGAUCCAACUCACACACCGACGAUAUCGUACCGAAAGCGGCCCAUCUCGGUCAUAUCGAACAGCAAGCCGCCGCCGGUGAUGCAACGAGCCGUUUCAUAUCAGCCCUCGAUGGGGGGACACUCGCACCGGUCACAUGGCUCGACCUCGGCCAACGAGCACCUGAUCCCACCGCCGUCCACUCCCGAAGAGAAGAAGAAGUUUACUCUGCGAUAUUUGGCCGUGGUGACGGCACUGAGCUACACGAUAUUUCUGGUGGUGUUCGGGUUGAUAGCUUUUGUGACGGAUGCCGUGGAGAACAAUAAACGAUACCCGCUGGCGGAAGUUUUUGGGCUGUACAUGGUUUCGGUGGGGAUUGUGUAUUUUGCGUUUUUGUACACCAACAUACGGUUACACGUGCACAGGACACACAGAGCUCUCGAAGAGUUGGAACGAAGGCAGCAGGCCUACGACGAAAUGAUGGCAAAGACUUCGGCGCAGUUCAACCAUGGACCACUGGCGCUGAACCCGAAUGCCCCUCAGAAGAAUACACCUCACGAUUGGGAUAUGCCACGGCUGAAGCCAGUUCCUCACCUUUAUUGUUUUGUGAGUGGCAGACACGGAGAGUUCAUCUACUUGAAGCUGGGAGCCACUUGGUUCUGCUUCGGAUUGUUGAUCCAUUCGGUGCUGCUACUGUCUUACCAAGGAAUUCUGAUGAACAGCACCGAUGGCAAAUGGGCUGCUUGUGCAUCGAAUGUAACCAUUGCCCUGGAAGUUCUGUUUCUCAGCUACUGUCUGUUUUUGGUUUUCUUCUUCUGGAAAUAUGCCAACGUGGUGAUCAAUCAUUACCGAGGAUUGGCACGAUUUGGACUGAUGCAUGCCAUCGGUACGGCUUUGGCCUUCUGGGUUUACACAAUCGUUCGAGAAACUCACGUCGCCAUCCGGAUAAAACAAGCGUCCAAAGAAAGCAACGUAGUAGAAAUCGAUAAAACUUCGUGGGAAUUUUGUCCGGGUCCGGAAGAACUGAACAACAUUUUGACGACCUUUUCGCCGUACCUGUACCCGUUUGUGAUUGAAUUCAACAUUUUGAUCGUCGGUUUGCUGUACAUGAUCUACGCGAAUAUCAACCGAUGUCCGAAGAAACUGUCGGUCAAAGGUCACGGAGGUCAUGGACACAGCCAUGGCCACGGUAGUCAACGAAGUGUACAUUCCGGCGAUGAUGACAGUGUGUGUUCGGAUGUGCAGGACAACACGAUUGAUCACGAUAUUGAGGUCAAGGGGAAAAUGGUUGUUUACGGUGAUUGCCAUGCAUCGAGUCGAGGACUGUUUGUGGGACUGGUGCUGAUUGUGGCUACUGUAGUGGUCAUCAUUCUGUUUCACAUCGCCUCCAGAGAUGACGACUACCGCGACACAGGAAUUCUUCUGGAUUCCAUCUUCGAGCUGGUCGUCCUGGCGAUCAUGACCUUCUCCGUCGUGCUGGCAUACUACCAAACCGCCAAACUGGACAUCAACCAGCAUCCCAUCUCCCGCAUGGAUGACGUGCUACUUUUCAUCGCCAUCCCGGCGUUCUUCUCCGAAACCCUCUUCAGUAUGAUCCCGGCCUUCGAGAACGGUUCCGUCCUCAACGGGUUCAUCAUCUUCACGCAGCUGCUGCAAAUCCUCAUUCAAACGCCGUGGAUCAUCGAUACGCUGCGGCGCUGCUCGAACUCCCCGGACCUGCGGAAAAAGAAACCCGGCAAAGAACUGGUCACCUUCCUCACCAUCGCCAACGUGUCGCUGUGGAUCUACUACACGUUCUCCGUCAAAACGGGUGACUUUGGCGACGAAAGAUACGAAUUCUACGGUGACGUCCUGUGGUCGAUUUUGAAUCAUCUUUCGUUGCCGCUGAUAAUGUUCUAUCGGUUUCACGCUUCCGUGUGUUUGGUGGAUAUCUGGAGACACUCGUACGAGCCGGGAGAGUUCGCUCACUGAGAAGAUGCUAGGCGAGCUUGACGAACAGACGCCACGAUAUUACAAGAUGAUACGGAAUUCCUAUCUGCUGGAUCGGAGGAUACGUACGCUUGGGUAGGAGGGGAGGAGAGCCGGACGCUAAUCUGGAAGUAUAGAUAACGGACGGGUGAGCAGCCGCCACUGACUGUGUGCUGCGAUAGCGACUAGUAGCGAUACCAAAGUUAACCAGACCAAUGUCGGACUGGAUACUGAUAAAUACAUGCUGUACAUACAUUGCGUUAGACAUUAA